UGACGCAGCUGGGACCGCGAUGGGUUGGAGAUCUAUGGGUCGCUUAUAUCCUGGCUGGGAAAGGGGAGCAAAAGGCCAUGGAGGAGCCUGAGGAGAGGACACACACGGGCUCAGUGUGCACAGAACCCUCUUUUUUUGGAGAAAAUCGGGCAAAGAGCAGGGGCGCAACAUCCCCCAUAUGACCGCGUCCCCUGGGGUCCCUGGAGAGCGGAACCAGAUGGGACCGGGGCUGGGCAGAGAAGUGCAGGGAAGGCCGUUGCUGAAAACCACGCAAGGACCGGAGCGAACUGGAGCGAUGGAGAGUGGGGAUGUGCUGUGGGUUUGGGCCGUAGGGGUGCUGCCACCUCCGGCCCUGCCCUGUGAUGUGUCCCCGUAUCCAUGGCAGCCCCUCUGUGAGGUCACAGCGGCUGGGUGCCUCAUAGCUGCUGCGGUGAGGGCAGGUGGCCCAUUGCCUCUCGGCGGCCACAGGAGGAGGACCUGGAGAGAGAUUCUGGGGUGAUCCUGCUGUGAUGGAGAGGCUGAGAAGAUUUUUUGCUUCCUUUGCUUGUGUAGGGGUCAGGACUGGACCUACACGUCAUGAGGACGGUGGCAGAGAGACGGCGUCUGAGACUGUUGCCAUCUCUGCCAGCGUCGUGAAUUCCUUGUUAAAGAAGCUGCAAGACAGAGAGGGUGACCGAGCGGAGACUUACCGCCGCCUCGAGCAUGUCUUGCAAGGAGAUCACACCCGUCUGCAGAGCGGCGUUGUGAACCGAGUGCUCGCAGAGGUGUCUGGAGACAUGAAGGCAGCCCAGGGUGCAAUGAACGAUGUGACAGCAGCUGCUGGUGACGUCCUGGUGGCUCUGGCUCGUUCCCACUUCGAAUUUGUGAUGUCCGAGCUCCAGGGCCACCUGAAGAUCAUGAGGGGAGGAGCAUGCCAGGAGUUCGUGCUCACCACCUUGAGCAAACUGGCCAGCAACUAUGCCCUGCGGUGCAUCCCCUUUGUCGAAAUGACGCUCCCUGCUCUGCACGCCAUGCUGAGCCAAGUGGGGAGCAGCCGGAUCCUGCGCGCCAUCUGCAGUGUGCUGGAGCAGUGGUCGAGGGCGAUCAACGCCUACUUCAACGCCUGGGAGCAGUGCCCCUUCCCUCGCGUCGGGGAGGAGCAGCUCUGCGAGCAGGUGUACUCCCUGUUCUGCCACGCUGUGGGAAACUGGCUGGGCCGUAAGGAGGAGGAGGACAAGCAGGCCGUCUUUGGAGCAGUGGCUGCUAUGAUGGCUGUCGUCCUCCAUGAUGCGCAGCACCAGGACGACGUGUGGAAGCAGGUCUUCUGGCUCCUGCAGCAGUACCAGGAGGUCCAAGAUGCCUCCCGGGUGACAGAGAGCCUCCAUUAUUUCCUGAAGACCUUGGAGGAACUUCACGCUGUCGCCCCCCAGGACAAGCUCCGUGCCAUCGCUGCUGCUGUGCACCACCAGCUUGUGGACGAGACCAGGCAGCACAGUGCAGGCCAUAAAGAAGAGCUGAGGCAGUGCAUUGUGCUUCAAGCUCGACUCUACCCGGAGGAGACGGUCAUGUUUCUGCUGUACCAGCUGAGCAGUGAGAACCAGGGCUCCCGCGGGACAGCGCUGACUCUGCUGGGAGCUGUGGCCCGCUGUGACGAACCUGCAGUGAGAGAGAAGCUGCCCCUAAUCGUAGAGGCCGUGCAGCCCUUGUUCACUGAGUCCGGCACCCAGUUGAGGAGAGCGCUCCUGGGUUUCAUCAAGGAUCUGCUCAGCGUCAGCAUCCCGAGCUGCUUGGCAUGGGAUGUGGUGGCGCACAUCUUUGUCGAGUUCAGGCGGGCCUCGGACAGACUGGCACUGGAAGACGUCCAAGAAGAAAGAGACCUUCAGGCCCAGUGCAUAGAUAUCCUGGAGUCUCUGGAUCUCUCCGUGGGAGGGAUGACCGAACUCUUGUGGCCACGGCUCCUGCAGUACGUGGUGCCGGCCCAGUACUGCGGCAUGCUGGUCCCGCUGUCCCGUUGUCUCCAAGCCCUGAUCGAGAGACAGAAGCGAGCAGAAGGGCAAGAGGACACCGAGAAGCCUGCUGACGUCCAGGAGCAAGCCAAGAAGCCCACGCCACAGGCACUACUGGUUCGGCUGCUGGUGGUGGCGGCGGCUUGUGAUCGGUGCACAGAACGUGCGGUUGCUGCCCUACAGCUGCUGCAGGCCCUGCAGAGCAGGAUCCACGGAUCCCUGAGGGGACUGUGGCCCAUCCGCAUCUCCUGCAUGCUGCAGUACCUUGAAGAAAAAACAGAGGGCUCCCUGGACUCUGAAGAGUGGCAGUGCUAUCUGCUCAAGUUCCUGACGGAGUCGGUGGAGGAGAUGCUGCUGGACCAGCCAUGGGUAGUGUGCCUGAGCCGGGAGCUGAGCCAGCAGCUGAGCAACUCCUCCAGCAGCGCCGAGGACAAGAAGUUCCUGUACCGGGCUCUCGGCACGGUGCUGGCCUCUUGUCGGCAGCUCACCCACGUCCAAGGGCAGCUGCUGAAAUACUUAAAAGAAACGGAUGCCACCAGCCCAUGUGACAGACAGGGAAUAGCUUCAGUGGUCUCCUACGCUGCUGAGCGCCACUUCUACCUGGCCCUGGAUGCAGUGUGCAUGUUCACCAAGGGGCUCAUCGCAUUCGACAGACGUCGAAAGGCGCAGAAGAGAGACCGGAGAGCUCAGGCCACUUGGACUGCAGUCAUGCUUACCUAUGGCAAGGUUGCACUGCGUGCGCCCCAGUCAGAACUGCUGGACUGCGUGGAGGAAGGCAUCCUGGCCAACAUCCUGGAGCUCUUCCAUGCCUGCAGAAAGGAACUGCAGCACAAGCUCGCCCUGCUGAACAGCAUCAGGGACGUCACCUGUGCCAUCCAGGCUGUGGACACCAAGCGCAGCUUCGGGCUCUGCAAGAAGCCGGAGGUGCUGGAGGUCCUGCUGGACUUGAUGGAGGAGGAUGCCUGCGACACCCCCGUGUCCCAAGUGCACCUCAAGAUGCUUCAGCUCCUGGAGCAGCUGAGCAAGCUGAAGCCUUGCAUGGACUGGGAGAACAGGUGCUCCCAGGUGGCUGUGUGCUGCCGGAGAGUCCUGUUGUGCCCUCCUGCGGAGACAGAGCUGCAGCCUCUGCAGACAUCAUGUGAGGAAGCUCUGGGCCAGCUUGUGUCAGCCCUUCUCAAAGCAGAAGGGACCUCCAGCGCCUUCGCGGCCAUGGUCUCUAUCUUGCUGUGCCACCUCACGUCAGCGAAAGCAUGGGAGCGAGAGAGGGCCCUGCAGGUCUGCGCCCAGCUGCUGGGCACUUACGAAGAGCUCUUCAAGUGUUCGAGGGAACUCACCUGCUCGCAGUUCGGCUCCUUGGUCGGCGUGCUGGGGCCUCUGCUGAGCGACUCCCAGGCCACGUCCCGGCAGAGAGCAGGGGCCUGCCUCAGCUGCCUUCUCCGGAUCCAAGCCAGUCAAGAGACACUGUCGCAACGCAUGAAGGGAGUGGACGGGGCGCUCUGUGGCCCUACACGAUCACCGUUCCCGCUAAGAACUCAGUUGGAAGCGAGCUCCUGCCCCCUCCUCAGUGAGCAGCGUCUGCGCUGAGGAAUUUGCGGGGAGGUUUGCUCCCUCCCAGAGACGCUGGUGCCCGGUGCAGGAGCUGGGGACGCAGCGGCUGGGAGCAGAGGCCUGCGGCUGCUGGGACCCCACAGCCCCAAAACAGCUCCAGGGGAAGGAGGGCUCGGUGCGGCCCGGGAUGUGUCAGCCACGGAGCCGGGCUGGUGGCAUCCUGCCACGGGAGGGUUGGGAGGGCCCCGGCCUUUGCUCCCCACC